UCUGACUGAAAGGAAACUGCCUCGCAGGAAGUACCUACAUAUCCGCAGAGUGUAUAAAACAAAAAGGGGAGUGUCGUUUCCGUGGAAUGCCCUGUGAUCGCCCGGUGGGCUGGAAUCUUGAAACGAGAGCGCAUUCUAACUUCGAUAGAAUUUUUUCAAAUGUUUGACAGUGGAGACACCUUUUGCAAGCAAGUGGCGGGAGGACAGAGAUCUAUAAAUAUACAUAGGAGCAUUUUCUGUUACUUGUCACUCUCUUCCGGGCGAUACGUGUGGAGGGAAAGGAGCGCGGAGAAGGAGAAACCUAUGAGGAAGGCCGAGAAUCCGGAAACCCAUGGAAGUCUAUGGGAGACAGACAGGUUGGAGUCCGGAGAGGAGAAAAUCUACGAGAAUGGUCAGGAAUUUUGGCACCAAAGAAUUGAAGAGAUUACGGAAGGAAGGAUGGUCUAUCGCCAUUUUUCCUAAGGAAGCCUUUUUUCAUUCAUUAGAAGGGAAGUACUAUUAUGGACGCACAAACAACCCCCCAGUUUAUGGGCUGUCAAGGUAGUGUAAGACUCUGGGGAAAAAAUCGUAGUGAUACCAUAUCCACUAAAAUCCCUAUCUUCUUGACCACUGACGCAGCUUGUACUUACGUAGUGCAUCAAUGUAAACCACGCUGAAACUUUCUUUUAACCACAACUUAAUCGGGAACGAGGUUGGGUAUCUACAUCAACGCACCUGCCAGUUAUGUGACAGGACCUUUUCUUUCUACGCAAAAUGGCCCUAGAGAAGUCUGCUUUUC